UGUAGAUUUCCUUAUCAAAGCUGUUGUGAGUUUUUCUUUCAUAUCCUUAAAAACAUUAAGAACAUGAUUUUCAUCUUUUGUUUUCUCUGUUGCUUAAACUGCCUGAUGGGUUUGUUUGGUGAUGCAGAUGAAGUGACAUCGGUGUCAGUGAAAGAGGGACAUUCUGUUACUCUACACAUGAAUGAAACUGAAAUACAGAACGGCACACUGAUCAUGUGGAAAUUUGGACCUGAAGAGACUCUCAUUGCUAAAGUCAGAACAGCUAAUAAUACAGUCUCAGUAUAUAAUGAUGUUUAUGAUGGGAUGUUCAGAGACAGACUGCAGGUGGAUGUUCAGACUGGAUCUCUCACCAUCACAAACAUCACAACUCAACACUCUGGACUUUAUCAAAUGACCAUCAGCGGCAAACAGAAGACCUCAUACACAUUCAACAUUACUGUCUAUAGUCUCACCUCCGUACAUAUAGUUGUGAUCUGUUGUGCUGUUGUUGGAUCUCUGAUGAUUGUACUUCUGAUCUUCUGCAUCCGCAGGAUACACACAAGUAUAUCAUCUACUGUAACAAACAAUCACUCUAUUUGUAAAGUAACGUAUCAAUGGGAUGGUUAUGUUGUUAAUGUGCUUAUUAUUGUUGUAGAAGCAGUUCAGGGUGGUGAAGAGGAGAUCAGUUACGCAGAUCCAACGUUCUAUAAAAGACAAACACAUCAACCGAGAGCAGAAGUGGAGGAUGAGGUGAUGUACUCCAGCGUCAAUAACAGAUGAUGUUUGUAUUUAAGUUCAUUGUCACUUCAGCUUUAAUGUCUAUUACACAACACAUGGCAGUGGUUCAAAUGUAUAAUAUGCUGUUGUUGUGUGUAGUGUAGUUUGUUUUUAGAUGUCAAUAUUAUUUACUAUAAAUUGCAGAGUGUGAGCAAUGAGGAAAGUGUCAUUGUGGUUUUAAAAGCACGCUGUGUUUCUAUUUUAUUUGCUUUGGCCACUUUAUGUCUCGGUUAUAGUUAAACCUGUAGUGGAAAAAAAUGUGGUUUUGUUCUGCUGGUGAAUACAAGAUGUGUGUUGGUCUGCUCGUGGCCAUUUGUGGUUAGUGUGUGUGUGUGUUAUUUGCU